CUACAGGAGAGGAUCUCUCUCUCACACACACACGCUCUCUCUCUCUCUCACACACACACACACACACAGACAGAGGCUUGGGUGCUAUCCCUGUUUAAGUGAUCUAUAUCCCAGGUCGGAGGGAGGUGGAACAGUGUGACCCUACAGGAGUUGUGCACAGGACAGCCGUGUGAGUGUGAGUGUGUGUGUGUGAGUGUGUGUGAGUGUAGCGUUCUGGAGAAGUUAAUCCGGAAUCCUCGCCUUUCUUCAGCGCGUGACGGAUCCGCUGCGAGACAGCUGUGACAUCAUCGGUUUAUUGAAACAAAUCAGUGAAUAAUAAAACGCGCGCGCGCGUGUGUGUGUGCGUGCGUGUGUGUGUGUGUGUGUGUGUGUGUGUGUGUGUUCGUUCAGUAUGGGGCAUCCUCCGCUCGAGUUUAGUGACUGCUACACAGACAGCCCUGAUUUCAGAGAGAGACUCAAGUGUUACGAGCUCGAGCUCGAGAAAACCAGCAAGUUCCUCAAAGACGUCAUCAAAGACGGAAAUAACGUCAUCACCGCCAUCAAAGGCUACUCUCUGGCCGUGCAGAAGUUCUCUCACACCCUGCAGACGUUCCAAUUCGACUUCAUCGGCGACACACUAACUGAUGACGAGAUAAACAUCGCCGAGUCGUUCCGUGAGUUUGCCGGUUUGCUGCAGGAAGUGGAGGAGGACAGAAUGAUGCUGGUGCAGAAUGCUUGUGAUCUGCUUAUUAAGCCUUUGGAGAAGUUUAGGAAAGAUCAAAUUGGUGUUACCAAAGAGCGACGUAAGAAGUUUGAGAAGGAGAGUGAGAAAUAUUACUCUCAACUGGACAAACACCUGAACCUGUCAUCCAAAAAGAAAGAAACCCAACUGCAGGAGGCGGAUGAGCAGCUGGAGAAGGAGAGACAGAUGUUCUACGAGUCAUCAGUGGAAUAUGUUUAUCAAAUCCAACAGGUUGAGGACAGGAAGAAGUUCGACAUCGUGGAGCCUGUGUUGGCAUUCCUCCAGAGUAUUUUGACUCUGAAUAAUCUGACAGUGGAGAUGACUCAGGACUUCAUGCCUUACAAACAGGAACUACAGCUCAGCCUGCAGAACACACGUAAUCACUUUGAGAGUACGCGUGAGGAGAUGGAGGAGCUGAUGAAAAGGAUGAAGCAGCCUAAAUCUAUGUUCAUCAGACUGCAGCAGCCGACCAUCGAGGGCUACCUGUACAUCCAUGAGAAAUGGGCGUUGGGGAUGACCUGGGUGAGGUAUUACUGCAGAUAUAUGAAGAACAAUAAACUGUUAGUGAUGCUGCCGACUGAACAGAAACCUGCAACCAAGCUGGUUCCUGUCGAGCUCACCCUAAAGUCAUGUAUUCGGCGUAAAAGUGACACCAUCGAUAAACGCUUCUGCUUCGACAUCGAGACUCAGGAGAGGCCACUGGUGACUCUGCAGGCAAUGUCUGAGUGCAACAGGAAGCAGUGGAUGGAGGCGAUGGAUGGAAAAGAACCCAUUUAUUAUUCCCCGAUUCAGAAACAAACCGAAAUGGAACUGAACGCGGUCGGAUUCAAGUUUGUGAGGAAAUGCAUCAACGUUGUGGAGGCGAAAGGUCUGACUCAGGAGGGGGUUUACAGGACAGUCGGCAGCAACAUCCAAGUGCAGAAACUGUUGAACGCCUUCUUUGACUCUAAAUGUCCAGGUGACAUGGAUUUGAACAGCAGUGAAUGGGACAUCAAAACCAUCACCAGUGCCAUGAAGUUCUAUUUGCGGAGCCUGAGUGAACCACUCAUGACCUACAGCCUGCACAGAGAGCUUAUCAGUGCAGCAAAAUCAGAGAAUCUAGAUUAUCGUUUGGGGGCGGUGCACUCUCUGGUGUACAAACUGCCAGAGCAGAACCGUGAGAUGCUACAGCUGCUCAUCAAACACCUGGUCAGUGUGUGUGGCCAGAGCAGCGAGAACCGGAUGACGGCGUCCAACAUGGGCGUGAUAUUCGGCCCGACGCUGCUGAGAGCUGAAGAGGAAACGGUGGCGGCCAUGUUGGACAUCAAAUUCCAGAACAUCGUCAUUGAGAUCCUGAUCGAGGACUACAAGAAGAUCUUUAGUGGCCCUCCUGAGGAAAGCUCCGCCCCUCCUGUCCCGCCCCCGAGGGUGACGCCGAGAAGACGACAGCCAAUCACCAUCUCCAAAAGGCCUCCGAGGCUUUACCCCGCCCUUCAGCCUCCAAUCUUUGAGAGUCAAGAGCAUAACGGUGCCGCACACGACGGUUCCGAUUCCGGAGGAGACGUCACCAACGCCAGCCCGGCUCCACCUCAGAGGAUGAAAUUAGCCCCUCCCGCUAUGGCGCCACCUUCCAUCCCUACUUCUAUCCCUCCAUCUCGCGUUCCUCCUCAGCGCCAAGCCGUCCUGCCCAAACCCACAGUCCAGCAGGACCGCUUCUCCGACUCCGACGUCUCCAGACUGGCUUCGAGGAUACCGGACGGCGGUCAGCGGUUGGACAACGGCGAGACCAGAGCAACAGUGAGCCGGACUCAGUCAUUCCAGAUCAGAAAACCUCCGCAGCGGGUCGUCACAGCAACCAGAGACGCCGAGAGCGACGGGACCGUGAAGAGUCGCCCUGCCUUAGAGAAAAGUCCCAUCUGUCGGCCCCCGACACGACCUCCGGACCCGCCUUCACGAUGUCCGACCAAUCAGAAAACGCCGAACGAUGACACGCCAGCAUCAUAUGUUGCUUCCAAAACCAAGUUUUUUGAAAACGCUUCCAGACAGACUGGAAGCUCUUCAUCCGCUUCGUCAGCGAGCAGCGAUCUGCCGAGAUGAGACCUGACCAUUCACUUUUUAAAUCUCAUUUAAAGAGCUCUUAACGGGAAUUUCAGAAGCUACGUCUUUAUCAUCAUCACUUAUUAUUAUUAUUAUUAUUAUUAUUAUUAUUAUUAAUGCACAGAGUCAGCAUGCUGCAUGGCUGCUUCUACAUUGUCAUGUCCCCGUGUACCCUAUUCCCUAUCCCCUGUUCCCUAUUUUAUUUAUUUUUUUCUUUAUUGCUAGCCUGUUGAAGUCAGUUUCCUGGAUGUUCUACACCAUGCCUUUCUACCCUGACUACGUUCCCUACAAAACAUUUUUCCCAUAAUAGUGCACUACGUAUGUUCAGUAUGCUAACGUUCCUGAGCGAGGAACACAGCCUCUCCACUACAAACUUUAUGGACUUUUAAUGUAUUUACGGAAAUUUUUUUUAAUUAUUAAAGCGAAAUGCAUUCCUACAGCUUAACAGCUCGUCUUUUAAACAUUUUUUCUAAACGUAAGGCACCGUGAUGGCCUGAAAAAGACAUCGAAUACAUUUUUCCGAGGUGAGUUAGUCAUGGAGUACUUUUAAAAGAAAAGUUGAAUGACAGAGUGGGGUUUAGAGCACAGACGUCACUGCAAAAAUGUUGACGUAAGAACGAUAAAUACGUAUUUCGUAUCAAGUUACAUUAAAUGAGCUCUAGUCAGUUGCCAUGUUUUGAAUGAACAGUGUUUAAAAUACACAAGCCUGUCCGAACCUUUUAUAUUCAACACAAAUAUUCAAACUACAGGAUGACAGGGAUUUCAGUUGGUGUUGGAUAAUAAUCGUGUUAUUAGAUAAGUAGAUGGUUUGGAACACAACCACUACGAAUACCUACAACUUGAAGUGAAGUUUGAAGCCAUUGAAACACUUUCGGAAACCGAAGUUCUCUCCGAGUUUGGUCGUGCUGGUCGUUGUGCUAAUCGUUACAGUUUCAGCACUAAAAACUCCCACUAAUAACACAAGAACACAUCAUUCCUCUCAUUCUCGCCACAAAACCGCGGCUGUAAAUUACACCGGCCGCUCUGUCCGUUAAAGGAGCCGUGCGACUGCCAGCAGCCAGGAACCGGAGAAAAGAUGUCAUGGGAAAUUCUCAUAUUUUUACUGAAAAAAAAAAUAAUCACUUACCAGUCCGGAAUAAAUUCCUAACGACAAACAUAAGAGGACGAGACUUAAACUGUUUACAAAAUAAAUCCCCGAACUUUCCCUGUUUUUGUCUUUAUGCUAUUUGUACUUUUUCAUAAAUGCUCUUCCUAGGCUUAUAAACACUAAUUUAGGACUGAUUGUAAGAUUGAAGUGCCAGAAACUCAUCCUGGAAAACCUGGGAAUUUCUAGCCUGGAUUCCUGGUCAUGGAAAACACCUGGGGAAAUGAGCAAUAUCAACUAAAUCCAAGCCAGAUUUCCAAAUAAGUCUGUUCACUUGAAAAGGUGUCAUAUUUUAGUGUUUAUCUAAUAACUGGACAUUUAAAAGCUCAAAUAAAUGAAACUGUAAAAUAAGAUGUUAGAAAUCUGCAAAAAAUGAUGAAAUAAAUGAAGAAUUAAACGUUUGCGUUCUUCAACUUGUUGAGGAUGUGUUCGUCUUUAGUUAAAAAAAAAAACAAAAAACUUUUGGUUUUUUUUACUUCUUUGCUUUGGUUACAGUGUUUACAGCUGAAAAUAACUUAUUUAGGUGUGUAACGAUAUAAAUUUCUGGUAUGAUAAUCACCAAACCUCAAUAAAAAAAAUUGUAGCUAGACAAACACCUAAGUACAGAAAAAACCGGACGUUAACAGGUGCCAAGGUUUCCACCUCAACGUUUAUUAUUCUCCUAAAACAGCGAGUGUCGGCGUGAUUUCUCUUAAACCGCAGCACCUUACCAACAAUUACAAUUUUUACGUAUUAAAGGUUGACACGGCUUCGUUUUUUAUCCCUUUAUCGUUACGUUUAACAAGUUCUCGUUUACGUUAGAGCAGAGAAACCGCGAAAGAUAGCGUCAGCUCCUCUGUGCUGAAGAUGUUACAGCUUUUCCUCUGACACUGGAGACUCCUUCCGUACGUUACAUAAACCCGGGUCUCUGUGAACGAGCCGUCACUAUAGAAACGAUAACCUAUCAGAAUCAGGAAUUCUGCUGGAGGAGCAUUCAUAUAACAGCUCGGCUCGGAUAUGACGAGAGCUCCGGCGUACGCGGUCGUGAUGCGAAGUCGUCAUCCGCGCCACCGUAGCGUAACACUAUCCCUGACGCGCGUUCCGUUUACUGUCAUAUCAGUACUUCGGUCUAUCGGUAUAUCGUCACAGUCCUGGUGUACGUUCGUGUUCGCUCGCUCGCAGUUUCCCCCGUAACGCUCCCCCCCCACCCCCACCCCCCACCCGCCCCCGCGCUGCAGCGAUGUAACGAUGCUCUUGCGAACGUGUUUUCAUGUCCUUUCGUCAAUGUGAAGCCUAAAUGUGAAGGACAUUUUAUUUCUCAAACAAAAACAUUUUUUUUUCCUUCGAGGAAAUGGAUUAUCUGUAAGAAUUGAGUUGAGUUUCUUUGUGAUUUGUUCCAUGUUUUGUUUCGACACUCAGUUUACUGCUCUUUUUCUUUGUUUUGCUCCUGAAAGCUUCUUUUCUGAUAUCAUUUUCCAUCUCUCUCACUAAACCCUGUAUGUGUCCUCUCCAUGUACUGAAGGAUGUUUAUAAAAGCAACGUGUUGAACCAC